GCAGGCUAACAUGGAGGACCCUGGACCGGGGCAGUCCCCAGUCAUGACUGCUGGUCAAUUGCAAUAUGUUACUUCACCGUAUCAAGCUAGCCAAGUGAUGGCAAACACCGGAACAAUCCCAGCUGCUCAGCUCACUGCUGCUUCUCACCCGCAACUUGCUCAGCAACAGCAACUCUCUUAUCAGCAGGUUCACCAACAACAAAUGCACCAAUUGCAGCAACAACUCCAGCUAUUCUGGGCCAACCAGUACCAGGAGAUAGCUGCAACUAAUGAUUUCAAGAACCACAGUCUCCCGCUCGCUCGGAUCAAGAAGAUUAUGAAGGCUGAUGAGGAUGUUAGGAUGAUUGCUGCUGAGGCACCUGUGUUGUUUGCACGGGCGUGUGAAAUGUUCAUUCUAGAGCUGACACAUCGGUCAUGGGCUCAUACAGAGGAGAACAAGCGGAGGACUCUGCAGAAGAAUGACAUUGCUGGAGCAAUCAUGAGGACUGAUGCAUUUGAUUUCUUGGCGGAUAUUGUUCCGAGUGAGGAGCUGAAAGAGGAGGCAUUGUCAUCUGCGCCGAAGGAGGGUGGUUCAAAUGACUCGCUUCCGUAUUAUUUUGUGCCUCCCCUGGUUGGCUCUAUGGGUGGAAUGAUGGGUAAAUCUAUGGUGGAUCAAGCCUUGUAUGCCAGGCAGCCUCAGACUUACAUUCCUCAGCAAAUGUGGGAGCAACAACAGGCAAUGCAGCAACAGCAGCAACAGCAGCAACAGCCUACAGAUGAAUGUUGAUCAUUUAUAAAU